ACAGUUCUUUCUAAAAAAGAAAAAAUGAAGCUGAGGAAAGAAAGAUGGCUACAGAAAAUAGAAAGUGUGAAGCUAGCCAAGCAGAAGCAAAAAGCCGAAGCAAAGCGGAAGGCAACACCUGUGGUAGGAGACAUGCAGCCAUUGAUGGAAGCCCUGCCUGAGCUCUCUGACCUGACCACAGGUGGCAGGGGCAGGAAGCCACCCAAGAGUCCCCCUUGCCAUGUCAAAGCAAAGGCAGAACCAGCAGACUUCUGUCUGAUGAAACAAGCUCAGAAAUGCCAGCUCUUAGAGGAGGAAGUGGCUCGAUUUCAUGAGGUCAUCACCAAUCCCAGGUACAGAGCCAACCCCCUGAUGGCCAUCAGCGAGCAUCUCUCCAAGAGGCUGAGGCAGGAGGAAGAUG